AUGGGCAAUGCAUUGACUUCAAACAUCAAUGGCAUUAUGGGUGGCGUGUCUGAUUCCAACGGCAAUGCCAAUACCAACUUACUAGGCGGCAAUUAUACGCAACAACAACAGGGCUUGUUGCCCUCGUCCUCGCAGGAUCAACAGGUUGGAUCUCCCAUUGCAGUGGGAGCACCUCCACCUCCGUUAAACGAGACACCGGAGGAACGCGCACAACGCAUCCGCACUGAGCGCUACAGGGAACGUCAACUUAUUCAGAAGCAACGCCAGGAGCGAAAGCAGUUGCGGCUUCAAGCAAAAAUGGAAAUAGCUGGGCACUUAACUAACGUCCUCGUACAAACCUUGCGUUCCACUAUGGAACUUUUUGCUGUAUGUUUUGGUACUUAUUAUAGCAUGAAGGCUGUUCGUGCUUUUGCAAAUUCUCAAGAGGCGAUUUCAUCGGGACAGAUGCGGCGGGGACCGAUGGGGGAGUUAAUUCCGAUACCUGGAUCGGUCGGCAGCGCCGCAGUUUUGGCGUCUAACAAAGACACUAUUACACCAGUUUCUGGUUCAGGGGGCCGGUGGAAGUGGAUUAUGUUUGGAGUUUUGUUCCUUUUGGGUGAGAUUGUGACUGCACUUAUUUCACGCGCGCGGAAGCCUGCUUAUUUGUCUCGGACGCGGCGACUAGCUGAUGGCGUCAUGGAGAGCGAAUACGAUGACGACGCGUCGCUUAAAAAAUGGGAACUACCAGCAUCAGAGACAGACGAUUGCGGGAGCGUGGAAUCCUUACGGAUAGCCGAGGCUGAGGGCCAAGUCAUAACACAAGGUGCCGAACUGGAGGAGAGCCCAUCUGAUCUGUUUCCUUUGUCUCGUAAUCGACGUGUUUAUGUCGCUGUAUAUGACUUUGAGGCGCAAUCUGACCUCAAAGGGUAUCUGAGUUUUAAAGCUGGCGAUGAGUUUGUGAUUCAAGAUUACGUAGAAGGGACCUGGUGCAAGGCAACCGUUUGUUCUUCUCCUGGUACUGCAUUAAACUCCUGUGGGCUGGUACCUAGUAACUUUUUGCGACCCUUGGAGACGGUGACUAAACUCUAG